AGUAACUGAGAGCUUUAACUGUUUUAUACAGAACUGUUGUACAGGCAAGAAGGUGCUGCAGGAAAAAAGCAUUACGCCACAGGUUUUGUAAAGAAAAUGCUGAGAAUCUCUUCAGGGUACAUGCAUUUGACAUCAUAUAUGCCAGACAGUGGUUUCCAAAUGACAUCUUAUGUAACUCCUGAGGCAGAUAAGAUAACAAAAAGUUCUGUGUUGCAGUCAAACAACCAUAACUAGAAACUCUCUGAACAUUAUACUUAUAUACUUAUUGCUAAACCAGCAAGGACAAUUACAAAUUACAAUGUAGAAAAUGUUGGAGUAUUCAUUACCAUAUUUCUUCUAUCAAGGCAAACCACACGUUCCUCUUAGACACAUGUCAAAUGUGAGGCUUUAAAGAAAACGUUCCUUGAGUUAUCCAAGUAUAAGGAGCAUCUGAGUAAUUUUUUUAAUUGUUCAGAUUGUUCAGUGCUAAUCUGAACUUAUUUUCUUCUCUCUUAACAGAAAAUACAUUGAAUAGUGAAUCCUGGACUAAGACCAAACAUGGAAAAUUUCAGGCUAUGCAGUAAUAUGGAGGGGGGGAGGGAAUUGUAAGUGACAAGUGGGUUAUAUUGGAAGUCCCAUCUUGGUUUCAACAAUAGGACUGGUAUCUUGAUACUUGUGUUUCAGAAAUGUGGAUUUCCACAUACUAACCAUCUUUCAUGAAUUACUGCAGAUCUGACAAAUUUGAGUUAUUGUGCUCCUCCUGGGAGAUUUUUAAAGCCAAUUGUAACAACAGAUUAUAUGAAACAGCUGGUCAAACAGAAUGAGGAACCAGUUCAUUGGCAUUUGAUGAAUUAAUAAAACCAGGCACAAUGCAAAUUUCAGCAAUAGCUAGCAAUUCUCCAGGAGAAUAGGAACCAAAAAGAAAGGAGCAGGAAUCGAAUUACAGCAGCUGUUUGGCCAACAGGUAGGGGGUAAUUAUUUCUUCAUGGCUAAGGCUUGGAAAACUCUUACAAGAUUCCCUGGAAAAAAAAUGUUCUCCUUGCAACUUAUGCAAAUGAUAACAGAAGAAUAGUGCUUAAAUGAAUUUCUGACCGUUCUUUCACGAAAAAGACAGUGAAAGAGAAAAAGGUUGCACAUCAGAUUGUCUGCUAAUGCAGGGACAGAGAACAGGCUUGGGUGUCUUGUGGUGAAUGAGUGGCUGUAGGGACAGUAAUCCUUUUGCUGUUGCUUUUAUGGUUGCAGUGAGAAGUGGAGACCUUUGAGAACCAAUGUAUAUGACUAUCUGAAAAAAUGUGUAGAAGUGUUUUGCAACAGCUAUAGCAGUAAACUUUAUUGUGCUAGUGUUUUUCUAUAGUGGAUCAUACAGAAGUUCCCAUGCAGGAGAAUAUCUUUACCAGGGAAAACCUGAGCAACUGUAUGAAGGCGAAACAUCAGAAGCAGCUAACAACCAACUGAUGAAAUGAAUAAUAAUGUAUUAUCAGGACUAGAGGGCUUAGACACUAGAGUACAAAGGGAAACCAAGUGGGUACAGUUGAACUGAUGCUUACAAUGUGCUCUCUGUCACCUGCAUCAGCCACUACACCUUGUGGAAUAAAGAACCAUGUGGAUAACAGUGAGUUUUGAAAAGCUUUUGACAAGGCCAGUCAGCACAGGCUGUUAAAUAAAUGAGCCAUCGGAUAAAAUGGAAAGAGGGAAAAAUGGGGGGAACUCAUCGGUGGGAUCUCACAGGGAUGUCAGCUGGGACCAGUGCUGCCCAUCAUGCUUAGAAAUGACCACUAGUGAAAUUCCACAGUCAUUCCUACACAAACAGUACAGAAGUCAUGUAUGGCUUUACACAGUCUAAAGUGAACUGCAAAGAGUUUCAGAAGGCACUGACAAUACUGCAUGACCAAGUGAUAAAAUGGCAUAUGAAGUGCAAUAUUCGUACAUGCAAGACAAUGCAUACAGGGGGAAAAAAACCCACCCUAGCUAUGAACAGAGUGGGGAUCUGCUGAGCUGCUGCUGUUCAGAAAAUUGGUCUGGGAGUCUGGACAAUUCCCUGAAAAGCCAGCUCAGUGUUCAGUGAUGGUCAAAAUGAGAGAAAGACAGGUAGCAAUGACUAGAAAAAACUAAAACAAAACACAGGAUAGAUUAUGCCUCUAUUCAGAUCAGUUCUGGUUACCACAGCUAGAAAAAGAUAGAAGGGAGGGAAAUAAAGCUGAUGAGAAAUAUGAAUGGUUUCUGUAGGAAAAGAGACUACUAGAUUGGAAAAGAGAUGAAUGGUAAUGUAGGUUCAUAAAAUUAUGAAGAAUGAGGAACAGGGAAGGAUUACUCAUCGUUCCUGGUAAUAAAAGAAAUAAGGGGAAGCUAAUAAAAGUAUCAGACAGAGGUUUUAAAACAGACCAAAGGAAGGACUUUUUAAUUCAAUAUGUAAUUAAGUUGAGAAAUUCUUAAUCACAACAUAUUGUGGAGGCCAAAGGUUUAAAUCAGUUGGAAGACAGAUAAGACAAAUUCAUGUAGGAUAGGUUUGUUUGUAGCUAAUAAACACUGGCGACAGCCUCCAUCCCAAAUGGUAAAUCACUGAUUGCCAGAAACACAGAAGGUGUGUCAGGGAAAGAACUUUAUUAUAUGACCUGUUUCUUACACUCUUUCCAAAGAAAAACCUCUGACAUCUUUGGAGGUAGCAAGUUGCUCAGGUACAGCAAAACAUCUCUCUUCUGUUUGGAUUCAACUUGGUGUAAAGAAGUGGUUGGUGUGAGAGUUUUAGGAGGUGGUAUUUUCCUUCUGCAGCUCUUACAGACAUCUAUUUGACCUUCUGUAUAUAUCGGUUUAAAGAUAUGCACAAAUGAAACAGGAAAUUUAUGACUGUUUCAGUAGCCACAGGUAGUCUGAAUCUCUACCUUCCCAGCAUAUUGUCAGUUCCACGCCAUGGAGAGACCUUCUGGGAGGGGAACUCUGAAUAAUGUCUGUGUCACAAAAAGUAGCUGCAAGUCAUGAGCAAACAUUUUCAGGUUCUUCAGGAGGGAUACUUUCCCAAGUCUGUCCUCAGGCUGUGGAUAUCUAGUGGGGAGGUAGAUCUUGAGCCCUACCCUUGGCAAAGGGUGACAUGGCAGCUUUGUAAGAGGCAGGAGGCUCUGCAUUUGAAAGGUAGGUGUUUGAAAGGAAGGGUCAGGUCAAUCCGUGAGGGAAACCUUCCAUUCUUGAGGACUCCACUAUUGUUUGAGUGGUUGUGUGUUUGAGUAUAUAUAUGUCUGCAAGUAUGUUGGAUUGCCUUUUUGAUCAACUUAGAACAGGAACUUAGAACUUAGAACUUACAUCCAUAACCUGUGUCCUAGGCUGUGUAGCAGGGAAGCUCACUGCCAUCUGUCGCUUGCACACUUAGCAAGGAGCGAAUUUGGAGCAAUAAUCACAAUCCUUUACCAGUUUUGGUACUGGGCAAGUUGUUCAUUAACUAAAGGUUUAUCUACUUACUUUACAGGAAAUACAUCUGGAAGACUUGCAAAUGGAGAAGGGAUUGUAUUGAACCCCUCCGUUAGGACAAACUCAGCUUGUUAUUGUUACUAUGGAGGUAGCCCUCACAUCAAUGAGACUGGCAUUAUGACUUCAUCAGUCCUAAACCAAGAUAUUUACAUCCUGCACCUCACUGAAAAGACACUGCGCUGAAUUCAUGGAUCCCACAAACUUGCAUGGAUGCAAGUAAGCAGAACUUGGCCCUGACCAACAAACUGUGAAGCUGAAUCAGCCCUUUCUCCUUCCAGUCCUUCACAACUUUAUCCACGGGAUGGCUUCUGCGGUUCUGCUCCUCACCCAGCCAGCAUGGCUUUCCUGAGGCCUUGGAAUGUUGUCUGCUCCUGGAAACAGGGGGGCAAGUUCUUGAGAGGCUUAGGGAAUGCAAAUGUGCAGUUGGCAGCUAGUCAGGACACCAGAGCUUGGGUCCAAGAGAGGGAAAAGGUGCAAGACAAGCUAUACAUAGUAUCUGAUCCUGGUUUCUCUUGUGUACAGCCAGUCCACUGACCUGAAAGACAAUGACCUGUUACAGCCAUACUCAACUAUGAAGCAAGAUCAACUUGGCCUUUGCAAGGGAAAAGACACACAUAUUAAACCCAGAUGAAGACUAGAGAAGAAAAUGUCUGCUGCUCCCUGCCACUAUUACCCCCCUUGCUGUGUUCUGGGAACCAGGAGAAAGAUGUUUCCACCACUGAAAUGACAGCACCCAAUUUGAAGGGAGCAGCAGCAACCCUGAAAGAAAAUACAGCGACUAUGGAUGGCAAAAAGAUAAUCUUGAACUAGACUCUGGGUUAACAGCCUGGGAGCCUCUGUGGGAUCCCUCUCCCACCCUUUGCCCCUCUGCUAGCAACACUGGCAACACUGAAAUCAGCCUUUGAGAAUAUCUCCUGUGGGAAGGAGACCUGAUUCAUGGUUUUUGAAGCAGCAGCUGGGUCUGACUGUGGCAAGGUUUGGGAUAGCUGGAAGAGGGGCAGGACAGAUGUGGCUCUGCAGCACUACUCAGCAUCCCUGCCCCUUUGAAAAGACUGACCCUAAAGACCCAUGAAGCUGUUUCAGAGCCAUCACUUGCAAGGAUGACUGACAUCCAAAACUUCACUUGGGCGGUAGAAGAUAUUUUCAAGGAAACUUUUCUCACUUACAUGAACAGCUGGAGGAAAAACAUGACGGAAGCGGCAGAUAAAUUGCAAGCCAAGGUUGAUGCUGAAAACUUUGACUAUGUUAUUCUUUAUUUGAUGGUGAUGAUCGGGAUGUUCUCCUUCAUUAUUGUGGCAAUCUUGGUGAGUACUGUGAAGUCAAAGAGGCGAGAGCACUCCAAUGAUCCCUAUCAUCAGUACAUUGUUGAGGACUGGGGCGAGAAGUAUAAAAGCCAGGUUCUGAAUCGAGAAGACCUCAAGGGUGUGAUCCAUGAAAACCCGGGUGCAAGGGACAAAACAAGCCCUGGAUCACCUUGACUUUUUGAAAACAUCUGCAAUAAGGAAAUCAUAAAACCACGUGCAGGGAACUCACUGGAAUUACAAACAGAUGUGAAACCGUUCAUUAAAUUAACAGAGAGGACAAUGCAAAACAGAGUGCUGAGGAAAUCAACAUUACUGUCUCCCACGAGGACUGGCACGGCUGCUCAGGGAACACCCAAGAAAAAUGCAUGAUUGUGCUUUGCUUUGAUAUUCUGUUCUUCAGGAAAAUAAAACCAAGAGAAUGAAAGAAUUAA